GAUGGUAAUGAAACGUCUGGCCUGGUUGAGGUACUUCGCAAUAGUGAAUGGAGAUCAGUUUGUGAUGAUUUUUGGAGCGAUAAAGAUGCAAUGGUAGCCUGUGGACAACUGGGAUUCUUGCCUUAUGCUGCUGAAGCAUAUCAAGGGGGAAUAUUCAGAGAUGGUGAAGAAGUGCAAUACUGGCUAGAUGAUGUACAGUGUACGGGUAAUGAGUCGUCGUUGUUUGAUUGUCCACAUAAAGAAAACCAUAACUGUCGUAGGGGAGAAAGGGCUGGA